CCUGCUUCCAUCAAGAUGUGUGUGGGUCAUUUUUAUGUGCCUGUGAGAGUGAAGAAGUGGGUGAUUAACUCUGCUGUGGUUUCAGGUACAGUUCAGGGUGAUGAAAUCCAACCAACGAGGACUACAGUGUGGGGACAAGCAGGGCAAACAGAGACUUUGCAGUGUACUUACAGCUCCAACGCCUCUUAUAUUUACGUGGCUUGGUACCGGCAGCAUCCCAAUGGGUCCCUGCAGUACUUGCUCCAGAGCAAGGGCCGGGGAGGCUCCUACAUUCACACAGCCCCAUUUGCCCGCAAGAGGUUUUCCGGCAAGGCUGAUGAGAGCUCUGGGACAUUGUUCAUCCAUGCACUGGAGCUGAAGGACAAUGCACUGUAUUACUGCACCCUGCAGGGACCACGUUUUGGGGUUGGAGUUACUGCUCCUCUUAUCUUCGGGAAGGGGACUCAACUGACCGUGGAACCAAGCAAUCAGAAAGAAUCUGACCCAGAAGUUGUUCUGAUAAAAUCCAAGGCACUUGAAGAAGGUGGCAGUACUGGGAAAGCAGCUUGUUUGGCAAGGAACUUCUAUCCAAAAAAUAUCAGUUUGGACAUGUUAACAGCUGAAGUCAUAUAUGAACAGUCUCCACCCGUUAUGACAUCAGAGGGGACAUACAAUACUAUUAAAGUGGUGAAUGUGGCAAAAAAAUCAGAGGUAUCCUGCACGGCCAAGUUCAAGAACAAAAAUUUUCCAGCCAAUGCAACGUCAUCAGAAAAGGUGGUGGAAGAACCAAUAACAGCAAAUGUUUGCAACACCACAGACAUCUCUUCAAAAGGAGAUAUCAAAACAGAGAAAACAAACAUGCUGUCCAUGGCUGUGUUGGGUUUAAGAGUCCUGCUGGCAAAAAGUAUUGCCUUCAAUACACUCAUGAGCAUCAAGUUGUUUCUUUUCUGAGGCAAAGAGGUAUCAAGGCAGAAGAAAGCUGAGAAACAGCAGGAGAGAGCAGCUACCAGCAGUACAAUUUGAAGAGAUGAUGUUAAAUCUGUUGACAACAACCAUCUAGAACACAGCACAGCACCAUCUCCUUAAGACAUUUCAGAGUGUGGACUCCUGCCUGGAUAGUUUAUGUAAUUUUUAGAGUUGUAAUUGCUUUUGCUAUUUCUUGUUUUCUGUGAGCAGAGGAAAGUAUUUUUCCUCAUCUGUCAGCUAAGUAGAAAUUGAUCCUUCCACUUUUCUAUCCUUUGCAUGGAAGCAUCCAACAUACUUUGAUAGUUCUGAAAAAAAAAAUUGAAACCUCACUAUCGAUAUAUGAACUUUUAAAAAUACCUUUUUACAGCAAUGUUGCAUUAUUCUGUAGAACUGAUAUUUUACUUCUGAGAGGCACAGUGGAUGUCAUUUAUAUAUAUAUAUAUUUUAAGAUAUCUUUAAUAACCAUAAUUUUCUAGUAUAGAUGAGAAGAGCUGCAUUGGAUCCGAAGGGGUGCACUUCAACCAGAUGAUGUUCAACUGUAGUAACAUUUUUAUUUACAUUUCUGUAUUUAAUUUUUAUCUUUUCUGCAAAGGGUAUGACAUCUGCAUUUUAUAUCACUGUAGCGAUUAUCAAAAUAAAAUUUUAUUACACCAAAA